CUGGAACCCUCCAUCUUGGGCUGUGUGUCUGCUGCCCGGGAAGCUCCUGCGCAGCUCUGGUGGCGCAGUGACGCCCUGGAUGCAGGGCAAUGGUAGGAGGGCGCCGGCGGCACCGAGAAGCGGACAUGCCUUUGGUGUCAUUUGAGGACGUGGCUGUGGACUUCACCUGGCAGGAGUGGCAGGAGCUGGAUGCUGCUCAGAGGACCCUCUACACGGAUGUGAUGCUGGAGAACUACAAGAGCUUGGUGUGGCUGGGGCACUGUUUAACCAAACCUGAGUUGAUCUCUAAGUUGGAACAAGGAUUGGCACCGUGGAGUGGCGCCGAAGUCGCAGAGCAGCGCCUACCAGAUGUCCAUAAAUGGAGUGCCCUGACUGAAACAAGACAGCAAGAUCAAGAGAAGUAUUUAGGUCAACUUGAAAUCACCAAGAGAAAUACACCAAAUGAAGAUAUGGUUGAUGUAGAAAAAAUAUUCAAUGUGGACUCAAACUGCAUUUCAAAUAUGAACAUGAAAAAUGAAGUCUAUUAUAGAAUGUUCCAUCAGGAGCUGGUUAAUCCAUGGCAAGAUGUGCCUUUGCCUAGUGAGCCUUCUGAGAGGCAGGGAACAGAAGUAACUCAUGAUUUGAAAGGAUCAUGGGACGUUCUCUCGUAUCCUGACCAUUCUAUUCACCACAGCAAGGAGAAGUGCUCAGAGUGUCAUUUUCAGUAUUUUGGGCCAGAUGACACCUUCCACACAAAAGCAAUAUUAACACCUAAGAAGUUUCACGUUCAAGCAACCUGUAGGAUGUUCAGUGACUAUGAGAAAUCCUUGGAUGAGGUAGUACAUCCUGCCCAAUAUAUGACUCAGUUAAGAAAGAAAGCUUCGGGAUGGAAUACAGAUCAUAAAAUACAUCCAGGCAAGACUGAACUCAGUAACCAUGACAACAUGCUCAUGGAAGAGAAAGGUUAUAAAUGCGAUUAUGAGAAACCCAUGCUUCAGGAAUCAGACCUUAAGAAACAUCAGGAAGCAUAUGCAGAGAAAGAGCCCCAGGGACACAAGGAAAACACCAAAUUCUCCUGUCUGGAUGCUGAACUACAAAUGGUUGAUCAGAAAGCACACAUAGAGAAACAAACUUAUGAAGGUAAAGUGUCUGAGAAAACCUUUUACCAUGAGUCACAUCACAUCAACCAUCAGAGAUCACACACCUGUGAGGAACCCUGUGAGUGUGAAGAAUAUAGGAAAACGAUCUGUGAUAAGUCAGCCCUCACCCAACAUCAGAGACUUUAUACAGAUGAUAAAUCCUGUGAGUGCAGAGAAUGCAGUCAGGCUCUCUACCCCAAUUCUCUACUGUCUCAAUAUCAGAGAGCUCAUACAGAUGUACAGCAAAAUGAAUGCAAGGAAUUAAUGAAAAUUUACUUCUAUAUAUCAAGCCUCACUCAACACCACACUCCCACUCUUAAGAAACCUUACGGGUGCAACGAUUGUAUGAAAACUUUCUCCCAUAAGUCUCAACUUACUCGCCAUCAGAGAACUCAUACAGGGGAGAAGCCCCAUGAAUGUAAAGAAUGCAGGAAAGCUUUCUGCCACAAGUCACACCUUAUCCGGCAUCAGGGAAUCCAUGCACCUGAAAAACCCUACGAAUGUAAAGAAUGUAAGAAAGCUUUCUACCUGAAGGCUCAACUCACUCAACAUCAGAGAACUCACACAGGGGAGAAGCCUUAUGAGUGUAAAGAAUGCCAGAAAGCUUUCUUCCGUAAUUCACACCUCACUCAACAUCAGAAAAUCCAUACAGGCGAGAAGCCACACAAAUGUAAAGACUGUGGGAAUGCUUUUGCCCGUAAGUCACACCUCACUCAGCAUCAGAAAACCCACACAGGUGAGAGGCCCUACGAGUGUAAAGAAUGUGGGAAAACCUUUUCUCGUAAGUCACAAGUGAUGCAACACGAGACAACUCAUACCGGUGAGAAACCCUACGAAUGUAAAGAAUGCAGGAGAACUUUCUAUCUUAAAGCAUAUCUUACUCGACAUCAGGUAAUUCACAAACCUGAGAAGCCAUUUGGAUGCAAGAAAUGUGGGAAGACUUUCUCACGGAAGUCAUACCUCACCCGCCACCAGAAGACACACAGAGCUGAGAAACCCGAUCUAGGCGAGAAAUAGAGGGAUGCAAAUUUUGAAGAACUUUCUUAAACUAGUCAGAAUUAACAGAGGACUUACAAAUAGGUGAGAAGCACCAUGCAUGUAGGAAAAUGUGUUGCUAUUACACCUUAGCCAACAUCAGAAAACCCAUGCCAGUAAUAGACCCUAGAAAUGUAAAAGUAUGAGAAAGGAUUAUACAGUAGUUAUGCCUCACUCUCUGUCAGAGUGCAUACAGGUGAGAAGCCAUAGGAAAUGGUAGGGGUGCUGUGCACAAGUUACACCUCAUUAAAAGUCAGUGAAUCCAGGUAAGUGAGGAACUCUGUGCAUAUGAAUAUAAAGCUGUAGUAAGGCUCUAACACAAAAGAGAUGACAUUCAGGCAUAAAUCCCAUCAAUGUAAACAAUGCAGAAAAGCUUACCAUCAUAAAAAAUCUCACUGUCUGAACACUUAUAGCUGGGAUGAUGAAUUUAAUGAAUUUAAAUGAUUCAAACAUGAGAAAUUUUUUGACAAGUCAGAUCUCAGUGUCUGCCAGAAAUCUCAACACAGGUGAAGAAAAUGUACUAAUCUAGGGAAGCUUACAAAGCCCUGGCAAGUAAGGAGUCCUGUGAGUGUAAAUAAUCCAGGGAUGUUUGAAGGAGCACUUUUAAUAUCAGCUUCUCUGAGUGUUGAUGCUUACAUUUCACUUGUACUGAGACAAGGCUAGCCUGAGUAAUGCACCAUGUCCUUUUUAAAAACUAGGUCUCUAUGUAAACCAGGCUGGCUUCAAACUCAUGGAGAUCCACCUGCCUCUGCCUCCCAAGUGUUGGGAUUAAAGGUGUGUCUCACCAUGCCUGGCUUUUAAUAAAAAAAUGUUUUUUAUAAAAAUGUCCAUUCAAAUUGUAUUGGACCCUCUCCUUAUAGGAAAUGGGAAAGACACCAGUUUAGAACCAACUGAAAGUAUUGUCAAAAACGUUUUAGUGGGAUUUGAAGUUCAGCUAGCAUCAGAAUACCAUGAAGACAGACACACAACAUGAAUAUAGGGACUGUACCUCACUCACCUCUGCAUCAGUGGUUCAUGCUAGAAGCCUCCAUACAUCAUGGUUGUGAAGUUCCACAAAGUCACAUAUCUACAGGCAUUGCAAAGUCCAUCUGAGUGGCAAGGGCUGAAAAAGGCUGGCAUGUGGCCCACUGCCAGAGUGUUUGUCAUCUAUUACCCAUUCUUUCAAAUUCAUGCAAGUACCCUGCAUUGUCAAAU